AUGGUCAAUACUGCGGGUGAUGAUGAUAGAGAAGAGUGGGAGCGGCGAACCCCGAUCAGCGGCGUGUCCCGAUCAGCGGCAUUAUUGAAUCCCCGGUUGGACAUGCCAUCUUUCUUUGCAAAGCUCCGACAUCGUCGUUCGCCCUCCUCCUCCUCCUCGCCUCAGUCUGACUCGAAGCAGUCCCCUUCCGAUUUAGCUCCCCUUCUACAAGAGAAUCAUCCAUCAAUAAUCAAUCGAAACACUCCCAGAUAUUCCAAUACCGAGCAGGGGGUAAUAAUCAUCGGCAAGGAGCCAAAUAAGAACAUCUCGACCAAAGCAACCCAAGACAUGUCGACAGCAAAUGGAGCUCCUUAUAAACCCCCCAGGAGUGUUGAGCGGGAGAAGACUGGGCAUUUAUCGAAUUUGAUUGGUGAUCAAGGACGUACGAGCUCGGUUGGAUCAAACGACACCGAAAGACGAACAGGCGUAGAAUCAAAAGCUAUUCCACCCCGAAAGUCCAGCAUUCCCUCUUCUUCCCCAAAUCCUCAUCAGUCCACAUCCCCCCAAAGCAGACUAAUCGAGCCACAAGCAUCAAUGACGGAAGGUACGGAAACGUUUGAUCGAGAGGAGGUCAUGACACCCCGUAAAGGUGGUCAUGGUAGGAAAGAAUCCAUUCCUCAUUCCCCAAAGGUUGUACAAGACCUCGAUACUCUCGCCAUUACCUCACGACCACCCUCUUCGGCGGAAGGCCACCAUUCUGAUCCACAACGACGAGUUGAUCCGGGACCUUCGGGUCAAGCAGAUCCACAUAACGACUCCACUCGAUUGGUGCAAGCGAACGUCGAGUCAUCAUUAUCGGGACAGAUGGAGCACCUGUCAGUCACCUCGCCUGAGCCGGUCCAGCAGAGUAUAGUGACCAACGCUGCGCAGAGAGCAGGAGAUGAACUGGUUUGGCAAGGAAAAGGAGCUGUGGGAUUGAGUGAAGAAGGGAAAGAAGUUUUCAAACAAGCGGGUAUGGCGGACGAGUUGCAAGCUAGAGACUCUGUGAGAUUACAGACCAAAUGGAUGGAACCGGUCAUUCACGAACACAUCAUCAAGAAAGAGCAUACCGACUAUAUCACCCUAGUAGAUCGCGAGAUCCACAAAUAUCACGUCUAUCCAAAAAUCCAACCGGUACUUGAUCCUAACCCUAUCAUGCUUCCUACUCGUCAUCGCAUCUUUUCACAAUGGGACGGAAAAUGGCACGAAGUGAUAGGUGACGAAGCGGCCAUUGCGAUCCUCGGAGAAGAUGUCUUUCGAAAUGGACCCCAGGAAAUCCGGCAACAGCGAUUAUCAGAUGAACAAGCCCGGCGGGCCACUUCGGCUGUCCAAUCUUCGGGGAGAUUAGAUGACGAUGAGUUAAACAGAGGCGGAAGGGUAAUGGAGAGGGAGUAUCUCAAGGGUGGACCUGAGAGUGAUUGGACAGAAAUCGCCAAGCAUGGCUUUGUGCACCUACUGGCUACGCGGCUACGGCUACUGGACAUGCAGCAUCACAGCAUCCCAGCACACGUUCCGCUCAUGCUCAACUUCAUCGAAGAUCGCACUACAGUGCCUAAGAACGGGGUUGAUCAAGGUGAACAUGGGGCCGGUAUCGGGUUGUCAGGAGGGCAUGGCAUCGUCGGAUCUAAGAACACACAAUCUGGUAUCGCCGCUGCGGAAGAACGAGAGGGUUUUAACCACGGACUCGGGGGAGAGCACGCUUCAGGAGGAAUUCCGAAGAAUCUUCCAGGUGGUGCCGGGGGUUAUGGACAUGGAGCGACUGUGAGCGGUGCUUACGAGGGUGGAGGCACCGGCAACGCUUUAACUGGACAGAGCCAAGCUCAUACCACCGGAGCUGGCGUCGGUGCUGAAGCCGCCUAUGCCACGCCCACACCCAUCGCCGACAAGUUUACCCACACCAGCUCAAAAACCACUCAAACUACCGGACAAACCGUCAUAGGAGAGGGCAUCAACCUGCCUCCUGCCGGUGUACGCGGUGCUGAUCUCGGUGCGCCCUUGACUGGUGGAGGAUACGGCGGAGUCACAAGGGAAGGUAUCGAUCCAUCUACCGCCCAAGGACCAGGAUACGGUAAAGGAUUUGAUAACGGUGUCGGACCGGCGGAAGGGGCAGGGGGUCACUAUGGCUCCACCGGCGGUGUAGGACAGCGAGCGUCGAGCGAAUACGUACCCGGCGGUCAUGGUAAAGCGGGUUUGGCAGGUGCUGCUGUCGGUGCCGGAGCGGCUGGUGGAGCAUAUGGUGCGACCAAAGGUGCCGAUGCCGACGGACGAGGUGGAACCGCGGGAGUGGAACCUGUCAAUAGGUAUGGGUCUGGUGAAGAUUCAUACAAACAAGGCGCCCCGCUUUCCGACCCUGACGCUCUCGACACUGGUGGUCCUCAUAGUCUGGUGUACAAAGAGUCCGAGGGUAAAUAUGUUCACCGUCGAGAACUCGAUGGCGUCGACGGUCUGUGA